UUUUUCUCAGCUAUUAUCUCCGAGUUGUAUCCGUCUGCAUCCUUGUCUCGCAAAGCAUUUUGUACACUAACUUUUGACAUGCCCAAGCCAAAGAAGCCGAAGGGGAAGAAGGUGGCCCCCGCCCCCGUGGUGGUGAAGAAAAAGGAGGUCAAGAAAGUGGUCAACCCCCUCUUCGAGAAGAGGCCGAAGAACUUUGGCAUCGGCCAGGAUAUUCAGCCCAAGCGUGACUUGACCCGCUUUGUGAAAUGGCCCCGCUACGUCCGCCUGCAGAGGCAGCGCGCCAUCCUCUACAAGCGCUUGAAAGUGCCCCCCGCCAUCAACCAGUUCACCCAGGCCCUCGACAGACAGACCGCUACGCAGCUGUUCAAGCUAGCGCACAAGUACAGGCCCGAGACCAAGCAGGAGAAGAAGCGCAGGCUGCUGGCCCGCGCUGAGAAGAAGGCGGCCGGCAAAGGGGACACCCCCACCAAGAGGCCCCACGUCUUGCGAGCGGGUGUCAACACCGUGACCUCUCUGGUGGAGAGCAAGAAAGCUCAGCUGGUGGUGAUCGCCCACGACGUGGACCCCAUUGAGUUGGUGGUUUUCCUGCCGGCGCUGUGCCGCAAGAUGGGCGUCCCUUACUGCAUCGUGAAGGGCAAAGCUCGCUUGGGCAAGCUGGUGCACCGGAAGACGUGCACCUCGGUGGCCUUCGCUCAGAUCAACCCUGAGGACAAGGGUGCCCUCUCCAAACUCGUGGAAGCCAUCAGGACCAACUAUAACGACAGAUAUGACGAGAUCCGUCGCCACUGGGGAGGCAACAUCAUGGGCCCCAAGUCCACCGCUCGAAUCGCCAAGUUGGAGAAGGCAAAAGCCAAGGAGUUGGCAACCAAGCUGGGUUGAACUGUUGGUUAGGAGGAAUAAAAGUUUGUUCUACA